GUUUAUCACCACUACCCUCUCCCACCAUGACAAGAGUUAUAGACCUGGUGCCACCUUCAAGACCUGCCUAUUGUGUUGUGAGUGGGAUCAAGUUUCCCCCCUAGCCAACAUGUCAUCAUUAUCUGUGGGCAGAUAGUGUGUGGGUCCCACCACUGCCAGGACUAGACGCCCUCCCUCACUGCAGCAAAAUUUCAGAAUGAGUCUGAGGGAGUGUGCAUAUCUUGGAUGUGUUUUAUAUUUGUGUGUGACAGUCCACUCUAUCUCGAGUGAGAGCACUAUUGUCUCACAAGGUAGAGAGAUGGUUGAAGGCUUCUACGAUAGGUUUAGCUCUCGAGAAGUGGAUCUUGUUUUUAUUCUAGACCGUUCUUCAAGUGUUCCAAGAUCUGGAUGGGAGGCCAUGUUAAAUUUUGUUCGUUCUCUGUUGGAAUUUUUCACCCUCAGCCAUGACAACACUCGCAUCGCAAUAAUUUCCUUCAGCACAAGGGUCAGCAUUGACAUAAAUGACCUUGAUGAAGGUCGUGAAAGCAAAUGUUCAAUGAUGCUGAAAAUUCAACUUCGUUUAGGUCAAAAGGUAAUGUCUGGAUACACUGCAACAAAUGAGGCUUUGAGAAAUGCUAAGGCGAUCCUCUUGAACUCAAGACGUGGUGCUAAAAAGGCUGUGUUUGUGUUGACUGAUGGUAAGUCCAACAUCGGUCCAGCACCAGUCCAGGCAUCCAUUGAACUGCGGUCUCUCCGGUGGGACACCGGCUGGAAUACAACUGCCCAUGGCCCCCAGCUAGAGAUAUAUGCCUUUGGGGUGAAGGACGCCUACAUGCCAGAGUUACGGACCUUGGCGUCGCCGCUAAGCAACCACACCUACUUCUUGCCUGACUUUAGGACAUUCGAGGAGCUGGCCAGAUCACUCCAUAAUGAUGAGCAGCGAGAGACUUGGGAUGUGGUCAGCAACAUGAUGCUGUGUGAGAACCAGUGUUCCGCCAAUGCUGUGUGUACCUGCACCACACGUUCAGGACAGUACCUCUGUGUGUGUAAGGCUGGUUACUAUGGAAAUGGAUUUACCUGUGCCGAGUGUCCCCUAGGGACAUACAAGGAUACCCUGAGUCCCCACCUGUGUGUCCCGUGUCCCUCCAACUCCACCACGCUGCUCCCUGGGGCCAUCAACCACGACCAAUGUGUGUGUCAGCCUCCAUACCACCAGGAUUCAGUCAGGAAGACGUGUCAAUUGAGAUCAUGUCCAGAACUCCCCGAAAUAGCUCACGCCCACAAGUUCAAUGUGAUUGGUCGAAUACGAGAUGAAGUCAUCGACACUGGGUCUCCAUGUUACAACACUCCGGAGACCUCAUGUCACUAUAAGUGUGAUGUGGGAUAUCGACUUGGAGGACAUCCAGGUCUCAUCUGUAACAUGAAUGGUACAUGGUCCGGACAGGUGCCUCAGUGCCAAGUGGUUGAUUGUCGGACAUUGGAUUACCAUGGAGACCAGGUUACCCAUGGAGAGGUGAGCUACGUCAACUCCACUACCACCUACCUGUCUGUUGUCCAUGUACGCUGUGAUGAGGGCUGGAGGCUAUUUGGCAGGGCCACGCGGCAGUGUACCACCAAUGGAAUAUGGUCGGACAGAGCUGCUACAUGUAUAGAGGCCCACUGCCCAGCUAUUCAGCCACCACCUGGGGGGGCAGUCGAGGGGGUGGAGUGUUCCAUGACCCGGCAACUUCCUGGUACCGUGUGCACCCUCUCCUGCAGAGCUGGAUACACCCAGACAGGCCCACGCCGACGGACAUGUUCUUCACAUGGAACCUGGGACACUGUGGAAGAUACUAUUUGUGUAGACACUGAAUCCCCAACAAUCUCCUGCCCCCCUGAUAUCCGGACACCGGUCACUACAGCCAACUAUGCCAUUGUCCACUGGGAUGCCGAAUCCCCACAGUACUCUGACAACUCAGGGGAUGCCAACCUUCGCCUGCUGGUGAUCGGACUGAGAACAUCCCCAGCUCAUCUGACAGUGGGCUAUCAUCAGAUCAACUACCAGGUGCAAGAUGCUGCAGGCAACGAGGCCUUCUGUACUCGUGGCAUCCAUGUUGUGGAGAAGAUAAUCAGGAUGGAUUUUUGUCCGGAGAACAUUCUGAAGACUGAUGUUAUAGGGUCUGGUCAAGUGGUCAACUGGACAUCGCCUGUUUUCAGAGACAACAAUAACAACACCAUUCCCUUAAGCUGCUCCAUUCCUAACGGAUCGGUGUUUCCGAUUGGAACAAGGAAUGUCCGCUGCACACCACAGGACACUGUGCAGAACCUACCUAUCUGUGUGUUCUCUGUGACACUGGAAGGUGUUGUGUGUCACCAUCCACGGGAACCCCUGCACGGCAGCGUCACAUGCUCGCAGUCAUCGGAUGCACUGACGCUCUGCAGCGUCAAGUGUAACAGCAACUAUGACUUCUACCGCCAACCUCAACUCAUCUACCGCUGUCUCAAUGGACAAUGGGCACUUCACCAGAGGAACACAUGGUGGCCAGACUGUUCACGCACCAGACAUCCAAGUCGUGCAAGGAUGAAGCCAUAUGCUGAAUAUUUCUACUAUGGUGGGGCAUGUGAACAGAAGAAGAAUGUGAUUGCCCGGAAGUUUGAGGAAUGGAUUCAGAGUCGUUCAUGGCAGGUGUGUGGCUCUGAUUCCUGUCCUCUAGAUGAUAUCAAGGUGUCCUGUGGAGUCGACUCACGGAGGCGCAGGGAGGUCAGGUUACCAGGAUACCAAACAACCAGGUCAAGAGACUCACCAUCUGGCCAAGUGUAUUUUGAAAAGAUACGGGGCAUCAAAAAUGGACAAUUCGAGGUGAAUAGUCAAGGUGUUUCCAGGACUUUGUUGAAGGUUUCAGGUGGCUCAAGGACAAGACAAAAGAGGAACAGUAAGGCUCCAGACACUUUUCCAAAUCCCAAGGAACGUCAUUUUCCAAUCCAUGUUGGUAAAAGGAACUUAGGGAGUAUGUUAGUGAAUCCAACUGUAUUUAUGCCAUCUGGAGGUGGUGAGACAUAUGCUGACAACAUCAUGGUUGAUGAGCCAAAUCCUGGUGCUGGUGCUGGUGCCUCCACAACAGUGGGAGUUCCAUAUGUCACCAGUAUUCAUGACGGCACUACAGACAAAGACAAUGGUCCAGAUGCUCUGGCUGCAGAUGAACCUAAUGAUGGAGUUGAGGAUGAUCCCCUGCCUGUAACAAUGCCAAGAUCUGGUGAUGAAACAACAUCACUCAGACCUGAAUCUCAAUCAACCGAUUUUGCAUCGUCCCAACCAACAAGUCAGGAGUACUCAACCAGGGAUAACUCCUUACCAACAACACCAUCAGUACAAUCAACAACAUCUGCAUUGCCAACUAAUGCUGGAGAUUCUCAUGUGACUGUGAACACUCCAAGUGGCAACACAACUGAGAGGGUCAAGAUCCAAUUCACUCUGACCCUGUCCUCUAACAUCACUGACAUGACCAUCCAGGAACAGCUGGUGGUAACAGACCUCCUGUACAACAUAGCUGACAAUCUGGGCCAUCUGCUGAAUGAAAGCAGGCUUGUUCUGGACAACUCCUCAGAUGUCCUCCUGCCAGCAGCACGUAUGUCCUACGCCGAGCCACAGUUUGAUGACUGUGAACCUGGAUUCAUCACAAGGGACUCGUAUAGCAGCAAGACAUGUAUAAUGUGCCCUGUGGGAACAUACAAUGCAAACAGAACUUGCACUGACUGUCCAGUUGGCCAGUUCCAAGACCAGGAGGGUCAACUGGAGUGCCAGCAGUGUCCAGACAACACAACUACCAUGGCUGAGGGGGCCAGCAACAGCACGGACUGUAGAACUCCAUGUACUCCUGGGUACAUCUCUUCAUCUGGACUUGCUCCCUGCAUUCCGUGUCCAACUGGAACCUACCAGGUCGUUCUGGCAGCCAGAACAUGUCAGGACUGUCCGACAAACAUGUCCACUCUCCACCAGGGGUCAGACUCAGUAGGACAAUGUCAGCAUGUCUGUUUACCAGGAAGUUAUGGUCAGGGUGGAAUUGAGCCUUGUGAGUUAUGUCCUCUUGAUUCUUACCAACCACAAGGUGGCAGCACAGACUGUCUCCUCUGUCCAGGAAAAAAGAUGGCAAAUGUCACUGGUGCCAUUUCUGAAGAUCAGUGUCUUGAUUAUGACCCCUGCCUCAGUAAUGCUACAGUCCCAUGUGAGAACGGGGGUCAGUGUGUGUCCGUUUCCCAGAAUGGGACAAUGUGUGUGUGUCCAGCAGGGUACAUCGGGUCAUGGUGUGAGACGGAGGUCUUGGAAUGUGUGUCCAGCCCAUGUAUCAACAAUGGGACGUGCACAGAAGGGGUUGGGAACUUCACAUGCAACUGUUCCAGUGGAUAUACAGGUAUAUUUUGUGAGCUGGACAUUGAUGCCUGCAUAUCAUCACCAUGUCAAAAUGGUGGGUCCUGUAGGGAUCUUGAAGGAGCCAAUGGCUAUUCGUGUUACUGUCAGAGUGGUUACCUAGGAGACAACUGUGAACAGCUGGAUGAAUGUCAUGAAUAUAACUGUUACCAUGGCUACCCGUUCAAUGAUGGCGGAAUCUGUAGAUGUAACUGUCAGGGAGGUUUUGCAGGUGUGUAUUGUGAUAUCCUGAUUGACCUCUGCUUGACCUUCCCAUGUCAAAACUCCAGGAAGUGCCGCACAUUUCAGAAUGAUUUUGAGUGUGAUUGUCUCCCAGGCUAUGUUGGUAAACAAUGUUCUUUUGAAAUUGAUGAGUGUGCCAGCAGUCCUUGUCAGAAUGGGGGAACCUGUUUUGACCGAGUGAAUGGUUACUACUGCAACUGUCCAGGGGGCUUUAUUGGUGACCACUGUCAAGGAGAAGUUAACGCCGACUUUGACCUAGUUUUUGCUCAGAGGUCAUCAUAUGGUUUUGUUUCAAUGGAAAGGGAGGUAAUCCCGGCACUGACAGCAGUCAGCGUCUGUACCUGGGUGAGAACCAGUCAAGUCCUGGGAUCAGGAACUAUUUUCUCCUAUACAAUACCUGGACAUGAAGGUGAUGGCAUCAUUGUACCAGAGUUUGGACUGAGUGAUGAUGGAGUAUUGAAGCUGUCCCUGAGGCAGGAGAGUGUGUCUAGCAGUGUAACACUGGCACCCAACGUGUGGCAACAUGUCUGCGUCACCUGGCGCGGCGACGGUGGAGCAUGGAACAUGUACAUCAAUGGAACAAGACAAGCAGCUGGAGUGGGACUGGCAAUGGGGUAUGAACUGAUUGGUGGAGGCACCUUGGUUAUUGGUCAGCAACAAAAUACUCAGGGCAACAUCUUCAACUUUUGGGAGUCCUUUAUUGGAGAGAUAAGCCAAUUUAACAUCUAUGGUGAGCCUCUUUCUGAAGACCAGAUCACUGUGUUAGCCAAUCAGAGCAAGUGUGACAUGUCGUAUGGUUCUGUGUUGUCAUGGACACAAGUCGUGGAUGGAAUCUAUGGACAUGUUCUUAUCAGAAACCGAUCGCGAUGUUUGGAUGUCAAUGAGUGUAAGAUGACGGACAACUACCCCUGUCGGCCAAAUCAUAUUUGUGAGGAUAUGAUUGGAGGAUACAACUGCAGCCGUUGCCAGUAUGGUUACCAAGGCGAUGACUGUGAUGAACCAAUAGAUGAGUGUCUGUUGGGUAUUUGUCAGAAUGGGUCUUCAUGUACAGACGGCCCAGAUCCAUGGGACCUAGCCUGUCACUGUCUGCCUGGCUAUACUGGUGCAAACUGUCAAAAUACCAUUGACUAUUGUGAAUCCAACCCAUGUUUGAACAGCGCCGUGUGUGUGUCUCGAGUUGGUGGUUAUGAAUGUGAGUGUAGGUCUAUCAACACUGGGCCACACUGUGAGGAUCUCGGCUCUUCGUGCUGGCCCAAUCCUUGUCAAAAUGGUGGAGCCUGUUCUUCAAUCGGUGACACAUUUAAUUGCAACUGUCCCGAAGGCUAUAAUGGCACAAGAUGUGAAAUCCACACCCGCAGAUGUCGAGAAAACCCAUGCCAAAACGGAGGGGCAUGUACAGUUGAAAAUGGCCGCCAUGUCUGCUACUGCAACCUUCACUGGAAAGGUCAUAGGUGUGAGGUGAAGGUUGUGACAGACUGUUCCUUGGCCCCAUGUGUCAAUGGUGGGACUUGUGAGGCUGAAGACAGUGACAUUGGCUACAUCUGCCACUGCCCCACACGGCCAGGGGUCCUGCUGGACUCCAACUGUGGCUAUGUGAGCCCGUGUGAUGCGUACCCAUGUUUUGACCGAGGAGUUUGUGUGUCCAUGCCUAACAACACCUUCAUGUGUGACUGCAACCUGAGCUACAGCGGGAGGCAGUGUGAGAUUGAUGGCACUCUGGGACCGUCAACACCAACAACUUACACACUUGAGUCCACAACAACAGAUCUAUGCUCACAAUCUGUGUGUUACAAUGGUGGCACAUGUGUGGAGCAGUCUGGGGUAUGUGUGUGCCCCAUGGAGUAUACAGGGGCACGGUGCCAGGUGCAGAAGCACACAGUACUGUCCAGCUAUGAAGGGCAGGUGACAAUCCUGAUGCCCUACACCACCCGCAACAGACAGACGGUACUGGCUGACUUCAGUAGACAGGUUGAACAUGUAAUGUCGGCAUUGAAAAGUACUGGGCAGCUGGAUAUCACCAUCAAGUCUCUCAGGCCUUCAGCUGACAAGAGUGAAAUGGUGGCUGAGUUUGAGGCAACUUACACCCAAUAUGUGACAAGUAUGACUGAGAAGAUUGGGUACAUGACUCUGAGAAACGUUCUCCAUGACGCAGUCAGCAGUGGCCAUGUUGGAAACCUUCAAACCAGCAUCAAGGGUUUCCACUUCCAGGAAACUCUCAAACCUGACUCCAUGGGGAAGGACAGGACUGACCACAUGACCAUCUACUUGUCCCUGGGCCUGGUGUGUACCACCAUCCUGAUGGUAUUUGUCAUAGCCUGGGUAGUGUGCAAGAUACGCAGACGCAGGAAGAGGAGGACCUCCAUCAAUCUGAUACCAAGCAUGAACAACGCUCCGGCAGUGAACAUGACGAUGCUGACCAACCCAGUGUUUGACCACUCUGAUGAAGACCAUCGAAGAGCACAUGGCAGCAUGACUGAGGAUAACACCUAUGCUGAAUUUGGAGAAACCAUCAUUCCAUACGAGGUGACCUACUCCACCAAGCAGAAUCUCAAGGAGUGUAAUCUGGUGCGGGCUGCAGCCAGGAAGAACUCGGAGGUGUCAUUCUCAACUCCGCCACCAACCCCAGCUGGGAAAGACAAGGGACAUGACUCUGCUAAGCCCCUCCUUGACAAGGAUUACCUCAGUCCUGUUGUGUCAAAGAAUGAGCUCAGUCAGAUGGAAGAGGUGCCAAAAGAUGAAAAGAAAUUAUUGCCAAACUUGGGCAAGAAUGGUCAUGGGAACCCUGCAUUUGACCAGAACGAUUAUCUUGAACCUGUAAAGUCAUGUCCAAAGCCAAAUUAUGUGAAACAGCCUCAAGAUCAAACUUCAGGAUAUGCAAAUGAAGGUCAUAAUGAAAAUGUAGGUCAAGGUGAACAAAGUCAGAUGAAGGGAUUAAGUGAGGGUGAAGCUAAUCGUGAUCAAUCACCAAACAGUCAUCAGUAUCUAGACAUGAAGGUUUUGACAGAAAAAGAUAAAAUGCACAAGUUACAGUUUGUAAAUGAAUCUGAAACAGGAGUGCCCCAAACCACUUCAUUGUCAGAGAAUCCAAGUUCACCUAUUGACAGAUUAGCUUAUAUGAUCAACAAGCCAGUGAGGGGGGAGAUAACUGCUGAGUAUAUAGAACCAAUUCAUGAGCGUCCCCCAGAGUACUUAGACAUAUGUCCCCCCAAACCUUCUGAACUUCCACAACCAGAUCUGUCAAAAAGAAAGUUGCCUCCUCUGCCCAAAGGUGCUGGAAAGUAAUAGAAAAUUGUCCAUAUAAUCCCCUGGCUUUGUAAAACACUGCUGCAUAUUAUAAGACUGUUGAUCUGUUGCUAAUUUCACGUGUACAAUCUUUAAAGAUUGACAAUUUUAUUGGAGGAACCACAGAACCACAGAGGCAGAAUCUUUGCAUCCAAUGGCUGUAAAAGACUAUGUUCAAUAUUUAAAAAACAACAGUUAGAAAUUAAAAGAAGUUAGUUUUAGCCACCAGUUUAAGUUCUGUACAUACCAUAAAUAGCCAGAGUAUGACAGAUAAGUUCUGUUUACGCUGUACUGAGGCAAGUUUCCAUUCCGUCCAGUUUAAUGUCAUGCUUUUGUCCUCACCAAUAACAGUGGUGGAUCAGCUGUUCCCUGAACCAAACUUACAUCUGGGAGUUGGCAUGGAACAACUUAUGACUAAGGGUUAUUUUGGCCCAAUUUUCCAAUAACUGUAAUGGUAUCUGAUGUGUGGAUGAUUGUGAAUUAUGUUUCAACAUAUGCAGAAUAUUGGAGGGGCUAUUAUUGUGUCUUUCUUGCUGCCCCAGCAUAUAAACAAGAUGUCCUGCUUUCUGUAUAUAGUAAUAAAACACAGUUCGAAUUUUGUUUUAGAUUCAUGUAUAUAUAUUAGAAACUGUAAUAUUCAAUACGUGUACAGUUUCAUCUAUGAAAGGUUAACAUCAUAUUCCGUGCACAUGUCCGACACAUGAACAAUCUAUUAAUACAAAUGGUUUGUGUACAUUUAUACCCAGUGAAUGACCAGAUGAACCCCGAAGGACUGUGAUAUAUCUCAGUUUUAGAUGUCUAUCAUGCAUAUAUAUGUUGUAUAUGAACACAACACGAUCCAUUGUCAUCUUUUAUAAUGUUUGAUGGCACCAAUAAAGCCUUAAUAGGCAACA